AUGUCUUCUUCGUAUUUGGACCUUGUAGAUAAAUCAACGGAGCUGGAAAAUUCUAAAGUUCGGGUCUAUGCAAAAACUGCUGUUAAUAGUUGCGUCGUAACUCAAAUGGUUACAUGUGCGUUGAGAAGUCAUCAAUGCAAGGAUAUUUUGUUCGUAAAGCCAAGUGGAUAUGUUCAUUGGUUUAUAUCCAGGUUUAAAGAUGAUGUGCUUGUACCUGUGAUAUUCAUACUUCAUACGGAAGUGUGA